GUUCUCUAUGUGAUGUUAAUAAUCAGGGAUUCUCGAUUACGAUUAACGGUUAUCUAGAUCAUAAACACCACUAUGUCAGAGCUCUGAUAGAUCAACGCUGCGCGAAUGAAUGAUAGGACAGUCACCAUAUCUACGUAGAUCCGGAGAUAGGCAUGUCUACCCCGCGGCGGAAACGACUUUCCUUAUCCGGUUCAAGCAUGUCGACAAGAUAUAAGUUAUCUUAACUUGCAACUGAGGCUCGAAUAUUAAUCAUUGAAUUCUGUAGCCAGCAGACACAUUAUCUGGUCCAUCGAAACCUCGACACCCCACCUCACCACCACCACCACCACCACCACCACAUCACUAUCUCACCAUGCCCGAACCCGCACCACCCCGCAAAAUCCCCCUCGGACCCCCCUCCUCCCCCUGGCACCACUCCCCCACAACCGGCUUCGACCUAACCCGCGCCUCCCCCUCCCGCCUCACAAUCGAAACAACAACCACCCCCCUCACCCUCUCCCCCACAACAACCGCCCUCCUCAUAAUCGACAUGCAGAACUUCUUCCUCUCCCCGGCCCUCGGCCACCCGCCCCCGAGCCCCGGCCACGCCGCCUGCGCCCAACUAGUGCAGCACGCGGUGCCCGCAGCGCGGCGCGCGGGGAUUAGAGUCGUGUGGGUGAACUGGGGGCUUACGGAGGGCGAGGUGCGGGAUAUGCCUGCGGGGGUGGGGCGGGCGUUUGGGUUCCGCGCUGAGGGAGCGGAGGGGGUGGACGGGGUGCGGUUCGAUAAGCACGGGCGCGAGGGCAGGGGCGGGGGGCUGGGGCGCGAGAUGGGCGCUGUGGAAGUCGGGGGGGAGACGGUGGACGCGGGGCGGGCGCUGAUGCGGGGGAGUUGGAAUGCGGGGUUGUAUGGGCCGCUGGGGGAGGUGUUUGAGGCGGGGCGGGCGCGGGCGGUGCGGCCGGACGUGUGGGUGCACAAGAACCGGAUGUCUGCGCUGUGGGGGGCGACGACGGAGUUGCAGGGGUUGUUGGAGAGCGAGGGGAUUACGACGCUGUUGUUUGCGGGUGUCAAUACGGAUCAGUGUGUUGGCGGGACGCUGACGGAUGCGUUUAGUAAGGGGUAUGAUUGUGUGUUGCUGAGUGAUGGGUGUGGGACGAGUAGUCCGGGGUUUGCGCAGGAGUGCUGGGAGUACAAUGCUGCACAUACGUUUGGAUUUUGUACUAGCUGUGAGAAGUUCGCGGAUGCGGUGGAGAAGAUGGGGAAGUAG